AUGCUGCAAAACGGCGAAAUCUCCGAAUACAAGUAUCGCAUUCACCAAGUUCCCGAAACAAUCCGGGUGGUCACGGUUUUGAGGCAAUUCUUGAAGCCCCGCCCUUCGGACCGCUCGUCUCAAAGAACGAUUUGGACCUCGAGAAGCUUGCCCCGUUCAUCAACGCCGGAGUUGAUCAUGUCAACGUUUUCAUGCCCGUGCCUGUGGUGGGAUACGAAAACAAACGCGCCUGUACUGGAAAACACCCGCAACCGCUUCAUCAUCAAUCAUCCAGUGUGGGUGAUCGUGCUCGAUGACGAGUUCGUCGACCUCGAGCUGCCCACACCCGAGGAUCUCGAGCGACUACAAGCCCGUAGCCAAAUGGAGCGCACCGCCUACCAACCAGCACACCGUGGCCGUGGCGGCGGAAUGAGAGGCCGAGGAAGAGGCCGUGGCGGACCGUCGAAUUAUCGUGGCGGCGGCUAUGGUCAUCAAUCAAGCCCGACAAAGUACGACCCAGCACAACCCUUCGUGCCUCGCCCAAGUGGAGAUGUGGAACGCGAAAAGAGACAUAGCGAUGGCUGGCAGCGCAACUUCCCGGCGAAGCGCUGUCGCAACGAACAAACGUAUGACCGCUACGACCGAGGUGACCGGCGCGGUGGACGUCCAAAUCGCGGCCGUGAUCGUUUUAUUCGGAAUCGUGAGGAUCGAGCUCCAUCGUUCGACCCGUUCAACCCGUUCGAUGGACCGUGUGCCCUGCCACUCGAUAGU